CAGCGAUCGCCGGUGCGCUGUGUCCCUCGGACACAGUGGAUUACAGAAAGAGCAGAAGACGUCGGCUCGGUCAUGCGAUCAGCUGUAUCCAACCACAGCUGAUCACAUGGCACUGAUGAUCAGUGUGCCCUGAUGAUCAGUGUGGCCCCAGAAGUGCCACCUGUCAGUGUCCAUCAGGGCCAUGUGUCAGUGCCCAUCAGUGCCACAUCAAUGCCACAUAUCAGUGCCUACCAGUGCACAUCAAUGCCACAUAUCAGUGCCCAUCUGAGCUGCCUUUCAAUGUCACCCAUCAGUGCCAGUCAGUGCCACCUACCAGUGCUGCCAAUCAGUGCCACGCAUCAGUGCCGCCAAUCAGUGCCAUGUAUCAGUGUUGCCUUUCAGUGCCCAUCAGUG